UGGUUUGGGAUUGGGGAGGAGCCUAAGGUGAGGAGGCAGUAACUGGGAGUAGCCAGGACUGCUUUUAUAUAAGGGACGAGGGGAGGUCAAAAAGGGGCCUGGACCUCUGCUGGGGAUCAGAAGGCUGCAGCUCUAAAUUCUUCUUAACUCCCAUUGCUUAGAUUUGAAAGAAGCUAACUGUGAACCACUGAUACCCAAGAAGGACUUUUUUUAAAACAAGGACCACCCUUUACUGAAAUUACCAUGGUUGACACAGAGAUGCCAUUCUGGCCUACCAACUUCGGAAUCAGCUCUGUGGACCUCUCUGUGAUGGAUGACCACUCCCAUUCCUUUGACAUCAAGCCCUUUACCACAGUUGAUUUCUCCAGCAUUUCUGCUCCACACUAUGAAGACAUUCCAUUCACAAGAGCUGACCCAAUGGUUGCUGAUUACAAAUAUGACCUGAAGCUCCAAGAAUACCAAAGUGCGAUCAAAGUAGAACCUGCAUCCCCACCUUAUUAUUCUGAAAAGAGCCAGCUCUACAACAGGCCUCAUGAAGAGCCUUCCAACUCUCUCAUGGCCAUUGAGUGUCGAGUUUGUGGGGAUAAAGCAUCAGGCUUCCACUAUGGAGUUCAUGCUUGUGAAGGAUGCAAGGGUUUUUUCCGAAGAACCAUCCGAUUGAAGCUAAUUUAUGAUAGGUGUGACCUUAACUGCCGGAUCCACAAAAAAAGUAGAAAUAAAUGCCAGUACUGUCGGUUUCAGAAGUGCCUCGCUGUGGGGAUGUCUCACAAUGCCAUCAGGUUUGGGCGGAUGCCACAGGCCGAGAAGGAGAAGCUGUUGGCGGAGAUCUCCAGUGAUAUCGACCAGCUGAACCCGGAGUCUGCUGAUCUCCGGGCCCUGGCGAAGCAUUUGUAUGACUCAUACAUAAAGUCCUUCCCGCUGACCAAAGCCAAGGCGAGGGCGAUCUUGACAGGAAAGACAACAGACAAAUCACCAUUUGUCAUCUACGACAUGAAUUCCUUAAUGAUGGGAGAAGAUAAAAUCAAGUUCAAACACAUUACCCCCCUGCAGGAGCAGAGCAAAGAGGUGGCCAUCCGCAUUUUCCAAGGGUGCCAGUUUCGAUCUGUGGAAGCUGUUCAAGAGAUCACAGAAUAUGCUAAAAAUAUCCCUGGUUUCAUUAACCUUGACUUAAACGACCAAGUGACUCUUCUCAAGUAUGGUGUCCAUGAAAUCAUCUAUACGAUGCUGGCCUCUCUGAUGAAUAAAGAUGGAGUUCUCAUAUCAGAGGGCCAAGGAUUCAUGACCAGGGAGUUUCUCAAAAGCCUGCGGAAGCCCUUUGGUGACUUUAUGGAGCCCAAGUUUGAGUUUGCUGUGAAGUUCAAUGCACUGGAAUUAGAUGACAGUGACUUGGCCAUAUUUAUAGCUGUCAUUAUUCUCAGUGGAGACCGUCCAGGUUUGCUGAACGUGAAGCCCAUUGAGGACAUUCAAGACAACCUGCUGCAGGCCCUGGAACUCCAGCUUAAGCUGAACCACCCUGAGUCCUCACAGCUGUUUGCCAAAGUGCUCCAGAAGAUGACAGACCUCAGGCAGAUCGUCACAGAGCAUGUGCAGCUAUUGCAUGUGAUCAAGAAGACGGAGACGGACAUGAGCCUUCACCCCCUGCUCCAGGAGAUCUACAAGGAUUUAUAUUAGCAGAAAAGCCCCCUCCCUCCUGCCCUCCUACCCUCCCCCUCUCCCCCCUCCCCGCUGAUGUGCUCCCUCUUUCAGUUGCACUAUUAUCUGGAGGGGGAUAAUCUGACAAUUAAGAAAUUUACUGUGAAAAAGCAUUUUAAAAACAAAAAGUUUUAGAACAUGAUCUAUUUUAUGCAUAUUGUUUAUAAAGAUACAUUUACAAUUUACUUUUAAUAUUAAAAAUUACCACAUUAUGAAA